UACACAGCCAUGAAGACAGCCUUUGUAUCUAGUCUAUUGAUACUUUGUCUGUCAAUGACAGAUAGUCAACCACCUGGAUUAGGGCAACCACCUGGAUUAGUGCCACCACCUGGAUUACCUUGUUUCAAUUUGAUGUUGGUGUUUGAUGUAUCGUGUGAAUGGGAUGACACAGCAUUUGUCAAUGCAGUUAACUUUUCUGUGGGAUUAAUCAAAAAAAUUAUGAGCGUGUCCCGACAUCCAGAAAAUGCUCCCUUGAAAGUUGGAGUUAUUGCAUUUGAUAAGAGAGUAAAGCUUUAUCUUGGCAUGGAACCAUAUGAAGCAUAUAUCGCUGGCCUUUAUAAACUCAUUAAACAAAUAAUGAGUACAAAGAGAAAAUGCAAAACAAAGACUGAUAUAGCAUUAAGAUCACUUUAUGAAAACCACAUGGAAAUUGAAUCAACAAAAGUUUGUGGAAAAAGGGCGAUGGCUGCUAUCCUGUUUACAGAUGGACUGACAGAUUCAAAAUCAGUCAAGAAUAUAGACAAUGUUUUGAAUGAUGUAGUUCUGUUUCACAUAGAUCUUUUCACUGUUCAGAUAAAUAUGAGUAGAAAAAAUGAAAAAGUUUUGCACUCCAUUAUCCCCAAGCUACAAAUAAGUAAUGCCAAGAGAUACUUUGAUAUAAAAGGCCCAGUUGCGAACAAGAAAUACAACUUCAGGGCAAAAAGAUUCUUUGAUAUAAGAAAUAAGUCAACUAUGGAAGACAUUGUAGCUGAAUUUAAAAGGGAACAGCCAUUUCCUCCAAAUAUGGUUUAUCACCUGGGCGCACCUGAUCUUGGGUUUGAAUCGGAACCUCACUGUUGGCCAUGGUUUGCUGCCAUCCAGAGAAGGGAUAAGUUUCAUCCAAUGGGCUGGGUGAACUUUUGUGGUGGAAGUUUACUUAAUGAUGGCUGGGUUCUAACAGCAGCUCAUUGCUUUAAAAGGAAAAAAGAAGAAGACUUGAGAAUUGUAUUGGGCAAACAUGAUCUCACUAAAAUUGAGGAGGGGGAAGCUGCUUAUAAUAUAAGUAUGAUAAAAGCACAUGGCAGAAAUGACAUUGCCUUGGUAAAGCUUGAUGGUAUCCCCGAUAUUAAAUUCAGAAGAAUCAAACCAGCCAAACUACCUGACAGAAAGGCGAAAAAAGCAUUAUUGGAUUAUGUGAACAACCAUGGCAGAUUCAGUGUUAUAGGAUUCGGAGUCAUAACAAAAUCAACAUGGGGCAGACAAUCUGAAGUUCUGAGGGAAAUAUCACUGAAAUCCCAACCACUUGAUCAAUGCAAGAAAACCUAUGAUGACAAGGACACAAGACGUCUUUUUAGUGUGAGAGAAAGGGUAACUGCAGAUACAAUUUGUGCUGGAGGAUUACGCUUUGAUGCUUGCAAGGGUGAUUCUGGUGGCCCAUUAAUGUCUAACAUGACAGGUGAAUGGUUGGUUUAUGGUCUGGUGAGGUCUGGACCUCCUGAAU